ACAAGGUUAGUAUAAGAGUGUUAGCAAUCGACAACGCUUUAUUUCGCUGUGUCCGAUCAUAAGGUAGAAAUUUGUCGCUGGAAUUUUUAUGAUUCUAAAUUCCAAACGCAAGUAAAUUUGCAAACAUGUUUCGCAUUUUUAUGCUAGUUGCAACAAUCUUUGUGAUGAUCGAUGCGCAACUGCAGAGGAUUUUUUUACACAAAAUGGAUUCUAUUCGAUACACUUUGAACAACGGUGGCACUGAUGACUAUCCAAUAACAAUUUUUAUGAACGAUAGUUUGGUGUCUUCAUACAAAUAUUUGGAUGCUCAGUAUUAUGGUUUUAUUUUUAUCGGAACUCCGCCGCAGAAAUUUAAAGUAAUAUUUGAUACUGAUACCUCAAAUCUUUGGGUAACAUCUACAAAGUGCACCCAUUUGAACAUUAGUUGCUUAAUUCAUAGCAACUAUGAUAGUAAAAAAUCCAGUACAUAUAUACAAAAUGAUACUGCGAUUGAAAUUUCAUGUGGCAGAGACUCUAUGGCUGGAUUUUUAUCUACUGAUGUAGUGAGUAUUGCCGAUCUCAAUGUUCAAAAUCAAACAUUUGCGGAAGCAAUGCACGACCGAAUCUUUGCGUUCGUGUUUGGAAAAUUUGAUGGUAUGUUGGGCAUGGGUUUUAACAUGUUAUACGGCAACGAAGUAAUAUCUGUGUUCAACAAUAUAGUGAAACAAGGCCUAGUGUCAUCAGCCGUUUUUAGCUUUUAUUUGAAUAAAGAAUUGUCGACCGAAUUCGAUGGUGAAUUAAUAUUGGGUGGUACCGAUUCCGAUUAUUACGAAGGCGAGUUGACAUAUGUCCCUGUUAGUAAGAAGGGGUACUGGCAAUUUACUAUAGAUAAGAUCAUAAUAUAUCGUCAUAUUUUGUACGUGGAUGCCACUCAAAGAAUAUAUAAAUAUAUCUUGUGCCCGAGUGGCUGUCAAGCUAUCGCUAAUAUAGGUACCUCAUUAAUAUAUGGACCAACCAGUGAUAUCUCAAUUAUUAAUGAAUAUAUUGGAACUCUUUACAUUAAUGGAGAGCAUAGAACAUACUGCCCCGAUGGAGACUAUGUCAUCGGGGAAUAUAUGCCAGUAAUUAGUUUUAUUAUAGGUGGUAAAAUGUUCAAUCUUACCAGUGAGGAUUACAUCCAACAGGUGUCAAGAAAAGAGCACACGACGUGUAGAAGCGGUUUUGAAUCGCAAAACACUACAAAUAUAUCUUGGAUUCUAGGCGAUAUAUUUGUAUAUCGUUAUUAUAGUGUAUUUGAUUUUGAAAAAGGCCGAGUGGGAUUUGCCCCAGCGAAAUAAAUGUCGAUUGCUAAUUCUUAAAAUUAUGUAAUAAAAGACAUCGCAUUAAAAUGAUAA